AUGGCUUCUGCCACCCGUCCUGAGCCUCCAAGAGAGGUCUGGACCUCUGAAAAAGGCUCCAUGGCCCGCGAAACGGCGACAACUAGGUGGCCAAAAAUAGUGCAAAACAUGGUGGACGACUUGGAAGAGUCUUUUGGGCAAUCGGACAAGGAGCACGUUGAGGAGGGACGCCGUAUACAAGCCACCCUGAGAAUCAUCAAAGGUGAGAUCAUGCAGGACAAUCAGUUACAUCCAUUGAGUUCGGAUGGCUGUCCCGACAUUCAAACCUACAACGCACAGCUCCAGUCUUUCGGCAACAUAACUUGGCACAAUUGCCCGUGGCUUUUUGCGGAAUGCUAUCUCUACAGAUGUGUGCAAACACUCUUCGCCCGCUCCCAGUUCUGGCGCGACUACGACAUCUUCGCGCGGCAGAAGCUCAGCGCCUUUGUCGCCUCCCACACCGCCGUCCAAGAGCUCAGCGAGCGAUACGUUUCGCUCACCGAAGCAACCGGCGCCCUCACCAUAGCCAAAGCCACCGACGACGCCGAAACCGAGAGGCUGUUCUUCUCCGAGAUGACCGAGAUGGCGCUCUGGGGCAACGUGACUGACCUGAGCCUGCUGAGCGCCCUCACCAACAACAGCCUUGACCACCUCCGCUCCCUGCAAGGGAGCGCCGCCAUCCGCGAGGGCCAGGCCCGCAUCGUCAGCAACGACGUGCCGGCGGCGUGGGACCAUCUCCGAUCCCGCAGGGGCGCACCGCAGCGCCGCGUCGACGUGGUCCUAGACAACGCGGGCUUCGAGCUGCUCACCGACUUGGUCUACGCGCUGUACCUGCUCGACGCCGGGCUAGCGUCGGCCGUUAAAUUGCACGUCAAGGCCAUGCCGUGGUUCGUGUCGGAUGUCACGCCGCGCGACAUAGACGUGCUGUUGUCGGCCCUCGCUGAUCCCACCGUGUUCCCGGGUGCCAGCAAUCUGAGCGUACAGGAGCUGGUUAGGCGGAUGCGCGCGUGCUGCGAAAGCGGCAUCGUCAGCGUGGCGGAACAUGCGUUUUGGACAACCGGCUUCGACUUCCAGGCGUUGCCUGAGGUAGCGCCGGAGCUGCACCGAGAUCUCUUAGACUCGUCUCUGGUCGUGUUUAAGGGUGAUCUCAACUAUAGGAAGUUGGUGCGAGAUGCGAUGGCCGCAUACAACGCCGUUCAAGGACGCUAUUGGGCCGCUGCGAGGGGGGUUGAAGAUUCUGGCAUUGAGGACGAAUAA